CCUGUUGAAGACGAGUUAAGAUGCUUCACUAUUUAAACAGAUAAAAAUGUGAUUUUGUUCCACAGAAUAUCUGCUGACUUCAACACAACAACGCUAGACAAUUUUCACAUUGUAUUAUUAUAGUAUUGUAAAGAGAAUCCACUAUGAGGUCCGGACACAUCUUCAUUUUUUACGUUAUAACAUAGUUCAUCGGAAAUUCAAUGGGUUUCGUCGAUAAUAUCGUUGGAAGUAUUGUUGGAACUGGUGUUGAUAAAACAAAAGAUGUUGCAAAAGACGUAGGGAUCGCUGUGAAGAACGUUGCGGAAGACGGCGUUGAUAAAACCAAGGAUCUUGGAAAACUCAUUGCAGACAGCAAGUUAAUAGACGGAAAAACUACAGCUCAAAUAGCGGCUGAGGCCGCAAAGAAGGCAGAAAAAGCCGCAAAAAUAGCCGCAGAAAAGGCAAAACAUGCUUAUGAGAAAGCAAGACGUGCCGCUGAGGCGGCAAAGCGAAAGGCAGAAGCUGCUGCGAAAAAGGCAUUGGAAGACACCAAAAAUGCCGGGAGAAAAGUUGGCAGUUUCUUUAAGAAAUUGUUCGGUUAAUUGCUUCUGUUAAAGCAUUUAAACCAUAAACUGUUAAAAAAAACAUCAGUGAUCUUGGUCCAGUUUGAGAAAGGGGUCACGUACAAAUAUAUUUCUAAAUGUUUCAAUAUUAUUUCUUUUCAGUGCAAUACUGUUUAAAAUUUUAACAGUGCAAUAUUGUGCACAUUAAAAUG